AUGCAAAAUGGAGGUGGAUUCCGGAUCGGGCACACCAAAAUACUUCCCCUCACUAUCGUGGACAAGGACCGCCCUAGCCUUUUGGGACUACAAUGGUUCGCACCAUUAGGAAUAGAGGUGACGGGCACCAACCACAUCGCUGAGGCAGACUGGGAGGAGCAGCUCGCAAGAGAUUUCCAAGAGGUCUUCGACGACAGCCUAGGCAAGUACCGAGGGGCCCCGAUAUCCUUCAACCUAGACCCUAACAUUGCCCCAAUCCGCCUUAAACCACGGCGGGUACCCUUCGCGCUCAAACCUAAGAUCGACGAGCAGCUAAACAAGCUCAUCGAGCAAGGGGUACUUGAGCCAACAGACCAUGCCAGGUGGGAGACCCCCAUAGUCACCCCGGUAAAGCUAGAUGGGUCAGUGAGAAUUUGUGGUGACUACAAGGCCACCCUCAACCGCGCCCUGCAACAGAGCACCUAUCCCGUCCCAAAGAUCCGAGUAAAGGUCGCCAUUGAGAAUCGUCCAUGCGUAAUGGAAGUAGACUCGGGAUCGUCCCUAUCAAUGGUCUCAUGGAAAACCUUCAAACAGCUGAUCCCUGACAUCCAUCGCCAGGACCUCAGCACCCAAAAAAUCAUAUUAAGGGACUACCAGGGAAACAGGAUUCCCGUUGCCGGUUCCCGCCACGUCCAGGUGUCCUUCAAGGACCACACCGCAACUCUGCCUAUUACCAUCGUCAAUCGAGACCGGCCCAGCUUGUUGGGGCUACAGUGGUUCGCUCCACUGGGGAUUGAACUAGCUGGCAUUCACCAGACCGGAAGCAGCGACUGGGAAGCGGCCCUUGUCCAGGAGUUCCAGGAUGUGUUCACCGAGGAGCUAGGCAAGUACAAGGGAUCCCCCAUAUCGUUUAGCCUCAGCCCCGAGAUUGCGCCCAUCCGCCUUAAGCCUCGUCGAGUGCCUUUCACACUCAAGCCAAAAAUUGAUGAACAAUUGGACAAAUUAAUAGCCCAGGGGGUGUUGGAACCGAUCGAUCACGCCCGUUGGGAAACCCCGAUUGUAACACCCAUAAAGCCUGAUGGAUCGAUAAGAAUUUGUGGGGAUUACCGGGCCACCCUAAAUCAUGCGCUCCAGCAGAGCGCUGAUCCCGUACCUGUGGUCCAACACCAUCUUCAUUCCUUGGGGGGUGGAAAAAUAUUUGCAAAAUUGGACCUCGCCCAGGCAUACCAGCAACUACCCGUAGAUGCAGAGACUGCUGAGGCCCAGACUAUAGUCACGCACAGAGGUGCAUUUAAAUGUAAUAGACUCCAGUUCGGAGUGAGUGUAGCACCAGGCAUCUUCCAAAGCCUGAUGGAGAGACUGCUACAAGGCAUAAAAGGAGUCGUGCCGUAUUUCGAUGACAUCUUGAUAGCUGCCCCCACUAGAGACGUAUUAGAGAAACGACUCAGAACGGUUCUCCAGAAAUUCAAAAACGCCGGUUUAAAAGUGAAAAAAGAAAAGUGUCAACUUUGUACUGAGAGGGUUGAAUUCCUUGGGUACCUUCUUGACAAAAAGGGAAUCCAUCCUACUGAAAAAAAAGUAACUGCAAUAAAAAACGCCCCAAGACCCAGGAAUAAAACAGACCUCCAAGCCUUCCUGGGACUCAUUAACUUUUAUAACAUCUUCUUGCCCCAGAAGGCGACUGUAGCUGAGCCCCUACAUAGACUACUCGACAAGAAGACUUCCUGGGUCUGGGGACAUCGGGAAGAACGAGCAUUCCAGCAAGUAAAAGAUCUCUUAACCUCAGAUGCUGUAUUAAUGCAGUAUAACGAGACUUUGCCUUUAACUGUCACCUGCGACGCUUCACCGUUUGGGGUGGGAGCCAUCUUAAGCCAUGUCCUACCAAACGGAAAUGAGGCACCUAUUGCUUUCUUUUCACGAACUUUAUCAAAGACUGAAAGAAAUUAUAGCCAACUCGAUAAAGAGGCUCUCGCUAUUGUAUCCGCUAUUAAACGUUUCCAUGAAUAUGUAUAUGGCAGACCGUUUACCAUAAUAACCGAUCACAAGCCAUUGCUUGGCAUUUUAGCGGGAGACAAACCAACUCCCCACAUCUUAUCACCCAGAAUGACCCGUUGGUCAGAGUUUCUAGCCGCAUACGAUUAUCAACUGCAACACCACCCGGGGAAAGCCAUUCCCCACGCUGACGCCUUGAGUCGUUCUCCGCUACCGGAAGCCAUAGACGAUCCAGCUCCAACUUUAACUGCACUCCAAAUCGAAACUCUCCCUGCACCACCCCUGACUGCACGAGACAUUGCCGCGGAAACAAAAAAGGAUCCUGUAUUCGCUCGAGUCCUCAGCUGGGUGAAACGAGGUUGGCCUGACAACGAACCCAACGACACCUUCGCGCCUUUCAAACACCGACAGACAGAACUGUUCUCCCAGAAGGGCUGCAUCUUGUGGGGAGACAGAGUCGUCAUCCCAGAAAAAUUACAACAUACAGUUCUAAAACUGUUGCACGAUGGUCAUCCAGGCAUCGUGCGAAUGAAGGCAUUGGCAAGAAGUUACAUGUGGUGGCCAGGUAUCGAUAAACAGAUAGAAGCCUGGGUAGGCGACUUAGUCUUUGCGAAAAACUUCUCGGGUGAUCCAUUGUGGGUCCCCGCUACUAUAACUCAACUUACGGGCCCUAGAUCUUACCAUCUACAAGCUAGCGAAGGGAAAUUAUGGAAGCGCCAUAUA